AUGGACGGCGAAAAGGGCGAGUUCCAGGCCCUCGGCGGAUCGCUGGCCCUCGAUCAGAAAGGCGAAUUUCAAGCCCUACGGGGCACACUAUCGUUGGAUUUAUCCGCUUGUAAACUUCGAAAUCCACCACCUACCACCAACAACGCCACGAAUAAUGAACCGCGUACCGAUCCAACGCUCGAACAAAAGCAAUACGCACAAGGAUUUCUCGAUGCACUUCGUACGGUUCAACAAAUCCAUAAUUUCGAAUUUGAGAAAAAAGUACUAUCACCUGGAUUUAUAGCGCCACUGGUCAGCACAGAGUUCCUCACUCCUCUUAUUUCUCCUUCUAGUCGAGACUACCAGGCGAUUCUGAAUGCUAUGGUAGCGAAAACACCGAUCAUGCAACCGAUGGUUGGGACAUCGGCAAGUUCAAAUCUACCUUCCGGUUUCCCAACGGCAAUGUCCGUUGCCGGCACUUCAUCAACCACUUCUGUCGGACCGUCACCAUCCACUUCGGCUACUGUCCCAAGUGCUGAUCAGCUUAUCACAUCAAAAGUGGAGAUUAAACAAGAACCUCGAUGUGUUUCUGAGGAUUCCACCGAGUCGGACCGAUCCAGAGCGUCAAGUACAGCAACUCAUAAUCCUAGGUCGAAUAGAGUGGAAUUAGAGUUAGCAAUGGACGAACAGGAGAAACGGAAGUUGGAUCGAAAACGUGCUCGUAACCGAGCUGCAGCCACAAAAUGUCGUCAGAAGAAAAUCGAUCGGAUCCAGGAACUCGAAGGACUGGUAGCGACAGAAAAACAACGAGCUCAGAAUUUGGAUUUAGAAAUGGAGAGUUUGCGUAGUACACUACAUCAACUGCAACAAUUGAUACAAAUGCAUGAACAAAGAGGCUGCGCACGCAGCUGA